GAUGUUGGUUCCUGGAAAGUCUCCAUUGUUGGAGGACGAGAAGCCGUAUCCAAUUGAAGCAGCACAGGCUUCUGCGAUGACUGUGGAAACCACUGCUUAUGCCUUGCUUCAAGCGUUGUCAAGGAAUGAUAUUGACUAUGCAACACCGAUUGCGAGGUGGCCAACGAUGCAACAGAACUAUGGUGGUGGAUUUCACUCGACGCAGACAACAUCAGGUGAAGAUGUGCGUGAUUUCAGCAAGGUGAUGAAAAAUAAGUUCAGAUCAAAGAAACACUUUGCCAAACAUCCUCGCUUGAGUUAUUUACUAGUACAAACAGUUCUAGAAGGCGAGAACCUUGAGAGGUAAGUUUAUUGAUGUGAGAUUUACUAACGUAUCAGUGCUCAUUUGAGAGUUGACAAAUAUUGCAGCAUGAUUCAUUCUGCAGCUUUGCAGGAGAGUGAGG